GUGCGCAGAUCAUUUUCUUUUGAGAGAAACCCUCCUGCAGAUCAACUUUCUCGAGGCUACUUAAACUAUGAGACAUCGCCUAAACAUCAACAAAGCAACGAUUAUUCAUACUUUAGUCUUGUUCUUACAUCUCCAGCAGUCGAGUUGUGAUAUUCAUUCUAUCAGUUGGAAUUUCCUUGGCUCUGAAGGCCUCAGUCUUCCCCAUUACACAGAGAGUGACACUGUGAAUGAUGUGACCCUAUUUUACUAUGACAGCAACAUGAAGUCGACAGCUCCAUGUCCCGAAUGGCUCAACACUACAGCUGGUCAGCAAUACUGGAAAGAGGCCAGUUUUAAAUCACACUACAACAUGGCAAAUAUGGCUUUAGCACUUCAAACAGCCAAAUCGCAGUUCAACCUCACAGGUUCACAUGCGGACAUUAACGUAUACCAAGGCUACAGUCGCUGUGACCUCUAUCCAGAUGGCACCACCAAGUCAUCGUUAACCCAUGCCUUCAAUGGGAAGGACUUCUUAAGUUUAGAUAUUGACAGUAAGAUGUUCAUCGCUUCUGUUCCUCAAGCCCUCAUAUAUAAAAGUAUUAGGGAGAAGGAUAAAAUCUGGCUUGAAACCGUGGUGUCUUUCUACAAAAAGACCUGUUUUGACGACCUUAGGAUGUUCUUAGAGCUUGCUCCUGGUGUCAGAAAUAAGAAAGCUCCAGAGGUCAGGCUUUUCGAGAGGCAGGGCGCUGGUUCCACGAUCCUCACAUGUCAUGUGACUGGAUUUUACCCCAGAGCAGUGCAGGUGAAGUGGAUUGGGGCAGAUUUACAGCUGGUGAAGGAUGAGAUAAAUGAUGUGCUGCCUAAUGGUGAUGGCACGUUUCAGACCAGAAGCAGUGUGAUCAGACCUGAGGAGAACACAGGAGAUCAGCGCUACAGCUGUGUAGUGCAUCACAGCAGCCUAGAGGGAAAUAUUACAGUCACCUGGGGUAAAGAAGAGAAACCCUUCAGACUUUAUGUUCGGAUUACACUAGGCUGCGUUUUCAUCGUCACUGUAGUCGGGCUUGUAAUACGAGGCUUCUUUUAUAAUAAAGGUCAAUUCAUUGUCGUCUCCUGAGAAGAUCGAGCUGUCUAUCAUCAACCUCAAACUCCUACAGCCCCAUGUCCUCAGGUCUAGCUGUUUCUUCCUUGAUAUUUGCACCCAUCUCCUCUUCACUCAAGAAGAAUGAGAAUACUUCAGGUUCAGUCUGAGCCACAAAUAAGCUUUUUAAAAAAUCUAUUUGUUAGGGAUGCACCGAAAUGAAAAUUCUUGGCCAAAGCCGAAACCGAAUAUAAUGAAAAACUUGGCCGAAGGUCGAAUACCGAACACGUUUUUUCCAUUUAUUUUGCCAUUUUUUUCACCAUUGAAUAAAUUAAAUAAUCAAAAUGUGCUUUUUACUAUUUUGUCCUGCUUUUCAAAGAAAAAAAUCAAUUACAAAAACUACAAUUUCAAAAUAUUUAUUUAAUACUGAACAUUUUUUUUUAUUCCAGCAGGUAUAGGCUUACAACAAGGCACAAUAUAACUUUAAAUAAAUAAAUGAGUAAAAUAAAAAUAUUUUGAUGAAAAUAUUUGGUGAAUGAUUAUGUACUGGCAUUAGUGAAUGAUUAUGUACUGGCAUUAGUGAAUGAUUAUGUACUGACAUUGGUGAAUGAUUAUGUACUGACAUUGAUGAAUGAUUAUGUACUGGCAUUAGUGAAUGAUUAUGUACUGACAUUGGUGAAUGAUUAUGUACUGACAUUGAUGAAUGAUUAUGUACUGGUAUUAGUGAAUGAUUAUGUACUGGUAUUAGUGAAUGAUUAUGUACUGACAUUGAUGAAUGAUUAUGUACUGGUAUUGGUGAAUGAUUAUGUAUUGUUGAAUGUUUAUGUACUGACAUUGGUGAAAUAAAACUAUAAAAUGGA